AUGGAAUUAAUACUGGCUGCAGGUGCUGUUGGUUUAGCCGGUUAUGCAUUAGGCAAAAGAAAGGAACGUCACGAAAUAGCCAAUGGUUUUGUGACGUAUCAUGGUAAUGCAACCGGUCAACCAGAAUAUGGUAAUGUUCAUUAUGGCAGUAGUGCUCGACACUAUCACGGUGGUAGCAGCGGCGGUCAUCGCAGUCAUCAUCACACAUACUAUCCAACCGGCACAGGUGGAACUACCCAAUGCAGAAUAAAUUUCAAUUUCUCAAAGGAAGAGAAAUUUCGUAGCAAUGACUUACAGUUAGAGUGA